UCCCUCCCCAAACGCAGACCUCGUGGUGAACUAUCUUCAAUACGGCCAUAUUGAAAUAUUGAAUGUCUCUCUUACACAAGGGCUCAAGAGUAGCCGUGAAAUUUUCGAAUAAUCCUCGAAGAAGAGAGGAUAAGAGACAUGGAGAAUCAGUACAGCAUUACUGUUACAAAUAAAUUUGGAAAUGCAUCUGCUUGGGACGAAUCAGAAGAUCCACAACUAUACUUGCAAAAAUUGCAAGAAGCUAAGAAAAAAGAUAAGCUCGCCGAAAAGGAGAACAAGAGUAAGCAGACCGAAACACAAAAGCCUGCUGGAAAUAAGACGCCCAAAACUCGUGUAAUAAAAGAUGCCCAACAACAAGUAACUAAAGUGCAAGAAGUUAAGAAAGAUCCAGGUGAAAAGAAAAUAACGCAACCAAGAAUAACUGGAGGUGAUCGUAGCGUUAAGUUCUCUGGGGAAUCCAGAGAAGAGCAUAACAAUAGGCGUAACCGUGAAGAUUGCGAAAGAACAAUUCGCAACCAAGGAGAAAUAAGACGUGGACAUAAUGGCGAAGCUCGUGAAAUACGCGAAUAUCGUAACACCAAUGAAAACCAACGUGGUGGUGAUUACGGUGAUCGCAGAGGACGUGGGGGCAUGCGAGGAAUGGGCCGCGGACGUGGUGGAAGAGGUGGUGGCAGGGGUGGUUACGAUAACCGCGGAAAACGUGAAUUCGAUCGCCAAUCUGGCUCCGAUAAAACAGGAAUCAAACCAAUUGAUAAGAAGGAUGGCGCAGGAAGUCACAAUUGGGGUACUCAUAACGAUGAGAUAGAGGAAAGCUUAAAUCAAGAAAAUGUUGAUUGGGUAAAUGAGAAGCCUGAAACUGAAGUUACCCCAACAUCAACUGAAGUUAAGGAAGGAGAAACAUCGGCAGAGGCUUCAACAGACGAAAAACGGCAAGUGCUAAAGUCACACGAAUUGACUUUAGACGAAUGGAAACGCCGUCAAAACCGAAGGGCAAAGCCCAAAUAUAAUUUGCGCAAAGCCGGGGAAGGUGAAGACUUGUCCCGGUGGAAGAAGAUGUAUGCUUUGGAGCGAAAGAAAGAAGGCUCCGAAGAAGAGGAAGAAGUUGAGGAGGAAUUUGAUGCAGCUGCUGAAUUUCCUCAGCGUGCUGGAAGGCAAAAGCGUGUUUUAGGCAUCGAAAUACAAUUUAGCGAUGCACGACGCGGCACUGGAGGACGCGGUCGAGGAGGACGCGGUGGUCGCGGCGGUGAACGUGUCAACGGCCGUGGAUUUGGAAAUCGCGAUGCUCCCAGAGAUGGGGAUUCUCGUGGUCCUACAAUGCAGGCGCCUCAAAACGAACAAAGAUCACCGCGCGGUCGUCAAAAUGCUCCAAAAGUAGAUGACGAGAAUGAUUUCCCUUCUUUGGGAUAGAAAGCUUCGUCUUUUGAUUAUACAAUAUCCCACUACCACCGCAGCCACCAACAGUACUUUUAUGACAGAUAAAAUUACAAUUAUUAUUACGAAUAUUAUUAUCAACCGUCUUACAUCAGUGACAAUAUUAUUAAUGCAUCUUCAUACAGUACCUUUUGCAGAAUGAGAUACGUAAUUUGAAUAAAACUUAGCGCCCAAAAGCGCUGCUUCAUAUUGACACAUGAUUAAUUCGUGCAAAGCUUAUGUUAGUACAAAAGAAUCCAAAUAAGAUUCUUAGUGCUUACAUGAAGAUUGACCAUAUGUAAUUGUGAAAUAUAAAACAUAAGUGGCAAUAUGAGAUCAGUGAAGCAGCAUAUCUGAACGAACGUUGUUAAUAUAAUCGUGAAUUUGCUGAAAAAAAAAAGAAAAAAAGAAAUAAGAAAGAAGUCGAAGAAAUUUUUUUCAUAAAGACUCGGAUUAAGAAAUACAAAGUCAAAUGCGAGAUCCAUUUUACAUAAGUUGAAAUAACUUAAAGACUCUAAAUAUUGCGACAUAUAUAUAUAUAUAUGUAUUUAUAUAUAUAUUAUUUCGAAGCAAAUAUAUAUAUAUAUAUGUAUAUAUACAUAUACAUAUACAUAAUAUUACUCUGAACGGAAAGAAGAUUUUAUCGAAAAUGUAUGGAAAAAGAAAAUAAGUAAAGUAAAGUAAAAGAAAAGAAAAGAAAAAAAAAAAAGAACAAUUUAAGCGAGGUAAUCAUAAAUUUUAAUUUUGAUGUCGCAUUGAGGGCCUAAGAGGAGGCUGAAUGCAGCACCGAUACGUAUAUAAAAUUACAUAUGUACGAUAACCGUGUAGCUAUAAAUUUUAAACACCCUUUAUGUUUUAUAAUUUUUAUACGGUGUUUGAAAAAAAGCCUUCCUGAUCGCAGUUGGCAAGCGACAUUGCUUACCGCGCGUAAAACUUAAGAUUCCCGAAGCGUAUGUUUCUAUGUAAUAAACGAUUCUACUAAAAAUGUUUACUUAGCUAAAAUAAGUUUGGCUUAUAGAAAGACAUAGAUACUACUUACUUUCCCUUCAGAUGUAACCAAUUUGAAUCUAACGUUUAAGUGAUGAUUAAUAUUAGAUUACCAUACACUGAAUGACUACACAGCUUUACAAAUGUAUAACAAAUUUUAAAAAAAUAGGAAGCGAUUAAACUGCAGUGUAAGGGAUGGCAGAAUGAAUUUGAUAAUCCGGUACGUGUUAUACUUAUUCGUAGCGAUUGUCAUAUUCUUAAUUAUAAAUUGCUAUAUUAGUUAUUUACGACAGUUGUUAUACGUUUAAAUAAUACAGCCAAUAAUUGACGUACACAUACACACGACACAUCCCGGUCCUCUCCCCCCCCCUUUCUCUCUCUCUCUCUCUCUCUCUCUCUCUCUCCACGAUAAGGAAUACUUUACGAAGCUAUUUGAAAAGCUUAGGUAUAUGUGUAAAUAACAUGAUAUUUACAAUAAUAAAUUGUGACAAGAUCA